CCUACUUUCUUUCACUCGCAGUGGCCUCAAUGCAAUAUUUGGGAGUCUGACCUAGAUUUCGCAAACUUAUUCCCUUCCAGCAUUUGGCCCGUGUCACUCGCUCGCCUCCAUUCCUCUGCUUCACUCCUCGACCUUGGCUGCUUCUCCAGCACCGCUUUCUCCAAUGUCACCAUGUAGAGCCUAGAUCCACUCCUUCCUUCCUCCUCCUCCUCCUCCUCCGUUUGAGGAAAUAAUAGGAGAGGGACUUUUCUAGAAAAAUGUAAAAGUUACAUAAUCCAAAAAACUUCCCGUGGAUUCAGUACGUGGAUAAGAGUUAACAGCCCCAGCUUGUCAUUGGAAAGUCAUUUCGAAGACUCGUACAACAUGGAUCACGACGUAGAAAAGUAUUACACGACUUGCAUGAAACUCGUCAAUAAGGCUGCAGAGGUGAUCGAAACUGCAUUCUACAAGACCAAGCAAGUAGAAUCAAAAUCAUGUGAUAUGGACUUGGUCACAGAGACUGACAAAGAGGUAGAAAAGUUGUUGAUUGAUGGGCUUCACUUGGCAUUUCCAGAUCACAAGUUUAUUGGCGAAGAGUCAACAGCCGGAGGGGAAAAGUGUAUUUUAACCGACGCCCCAACAUGGAUCAUAGAUCCAGUGGAUGGUACUAUGAAUUUCGUUCACUCUCUUCCACUAAUUGCUAUUUCAAUUGGCUUGCUGAUCAACAAAAAACCUAUUAUUGGAAUAAUUUGUAAUCCUAUCUUAAAACAAACGUACACUGCCAAAGACGGACAAGGUGCAUUCCUUAAUGGGACGAAGAUCAAGGUGUCAGGAGAAACUGUUUUAGCGAAAGCUCUAAUUGCCACAGAGUCGGGAACCAACGAUGAUCCUGCAAAGAUUGAAGUAGUUCUAAAAAAUUUGGGCGCUCUCCUAGGAAAAUGUCAUGGUACCCGUGUCAUGGGAUCAGCGGCUUGCGCCAUGGCGUUCGUAGCUUCGGGUGCAGUUGAUAGUUUUUGUCACCUCGGUUUACACUGCUGGGACUUGGCGGCAGGCCAGUUAAUUAUUGAAGAAGCUGGAGGGUUUCUUUGUGAUUAUGGAGGAGGUGAAUUUGAUCUCAUGAGUCGCCGGGUCGUUUGUGCGUCUUCGGAAAAAUUAGCCAAGGACAUUGCCAGCAGAUUAACCCAGUACGAAAUGGAAAGGGACUAAAGGUGUUUGACGAGUAAUCGUUAUCAUCUAUUUAUGAAUUUUCUUAAAAUUCACUGCCGUGUAAUUUAUUUAAUUAUGUACAUACUUAUGAAAGCACUAUUAUCAUCUCGAUGUUUUAGAUAUUACUUGUAAUACUUGAUAGACUUGCAACUUGUGUCCCUAUUGUAGAAUAAUCAUCACUAAUGCAUGCAUUCCAGUGAAUUGUUGUUUUCCUAUAAAUUAGCUGUGCAACUUCUAGCAUAUGUAGUAAUAAACAUAUCUAUAACGUGAAAUUAAUUAAGGAUUAGCAAUACUCUGCCAAUGUUUGUAAGAAAGCUUUCAUCGGAAGCUGGGAACAUAUCAUUGUGCAGUGCGCUAUAAAUAUUGUACCUAAACCGUAGUUAGCGGACACUGGAUUUCAUGGUACACUGUUUCAAAGGUGUUCGUCGAAGUAUACAUGUAUGUAAACACCAGAAAAUCAGGGAAGCUUACUGAAAUCAUCAAUCAGUUUAAUUCUAGUUACAUGUAAAUGUUCGAAGGACAUUGGAGAAAUGGUGAAAUGCCUGGUCAUCAGUCCGAGUUAUGAAUGUUGCGUGAAUGUCAUACUUUAUUUUAUAUUUAUUUGGUAUUUGCAGCCCACAUUGAAUUAGUUUAUAAAUUGCUCCUAAAUCUUUUUAUUUGAUUCCCAAGUUAAUUAGGUGCGAAUCUGUGCAAAAGUUACGUAACGUGAUAUACUCGAUAAGUAUGUGUACUUGUGAUAAGUAUCUGUGUGUAAAUAUACAUACAUGUACAUAUGUUUUACUAAUUAAUUGAAUAUGAAACAUAUUUAUGUAUAACUAUUAUAACUUACGAAAUGGACUGUAUAGUUUGCUGCUUAUUUUUUGUUGAUAAUUUUAAUUGAUCAGUUUUUCAUAUCUGAAUUUUUCUUUCCCGAAUAUGUGCCACAUAUUAUGUGGUGCUUACAAUCGAAUAGUAUAUACGUAAAGUAUUUAAUUAAUGACUAAUUAACAGGGUUCGGAAAAACCCAGGGUUUUAUUCAAAAAGUAUCGACCCAGGGGUUUUAAUGGGUUUUAAUGGGUUUUUUGGGUUUUAAUGGGUUUUAAUGGGUUUAAUGGGUUUUAUUGCGUUUUAUUAGGUUUUACUUAAAUAAUACACUGAAAAAAAUUUUCACAACUAUUGCAACCCAAUUCCAGUCAUACAUAUGCAAAUCCUUGUCCAUGUUAGAAUAUGUACGUAUCUGUUCAUAUUAACUGAUGACAAUUUAAUACCAUUUGGGACCAUAAUUAAUUCUUUUUCCUGAAUACUACCUCUCAUCAUAAUGAAAUCCAAGUUGACCAGAACGGCAAAAAUCUUGUUUUGUAAGCAGUUCAUGUGAAAAUGUCCCCCAUACGACACAUUUCCAAGCAUACAUAUUGAAAAUUAAAAUAUAAGCUUUUUCUACCUCCAACAGAACCUAAAUAUGUCCCUAUUAGAGAGAAAUUCAAACCAUCAAAAGCUUCCAGGGCUUUUGUGGUUGAGUAAAAAUUCAUAAAAUUUGUAAAGUUUUUCAAAAUUUAAUGUUUCCAAAUUUAAUAGUUUUUAGCGAUCUCAAGGUGCAUUAUUACUUCUGGAAAAAAUCGAGUAUUUAUGGAUAACGAAAUACAUUAUUAUGAGCAAAAAAAGUAUAUCCGUAAAAAGAACUUGUUAUGGUCUAGAGUAGUAUUAAAUAAUACAUGAUCAGUUAACCUAUUCCGAAAUUACUUUUCUGUAUCACUUGAAACCUGUGAUGGUAAGGGAUGGAUUCGUUGAUUUAUUCCUGGUUUCAAAACGUACAAUAUUAAAGAACUAAACUGCUUAGCUGCCGUAAAACAACUUCGUCUCACGUAUGAUAGAUGUUUCCAGCUUUUAGAAUAUAGUUUUAAGGUAAAACCCAGUUAAAAUCCAUUAAAACCCGAAUAAAACCCAUUAAAACCCAAAUAAAACCCAUUUAACAUGGUAAAACCCAAUGGGUUUUAUUCAUUAACAACCCAUUAAAACCCAUUAAAACCCAAAAAACCCAACCCAAUAAAACCCUGGGUCGGAAUACCCUGCUAAUUAACUCACCUUUGUCUCUGUGAUUUUGCAAUUGCAGAUGGCAAAUAUUUUCAUAUAUAUGAAAUAUAUAGUAAACAACAAUUCUAUUACUUAUCCAGAAAGUCCCAUUUCGAUAAUAUCUGUAAUAUUCUAUUACAUAUGUAAAUGUUUGUCGUAAAUAUGUGUCAGUAUAUUAUACGUAAGUAAUAUUUGAAUCAAUGUAAUCAUUAUAAAUAUCGUCUCACCACAUUCAACGUACAUAUGUUUGAGUAAAAAUGACUAUAAGAGCUGUCAAAUAAAAAUUAAUAAAAAAUCCGUAGUAGAACCCCAAUAAA